AUGUUAGAACAAAGGGGUUUUGGACAGAAAUGGGUUAAUUGGAUGAAAUUUUGUAUCUUUACUGUUAGAUUCUCCAUUCUCAUAAAUGGAUCUCCUGAAGGCUUCUUCCCUACUUAUAAAGGUCUAAGACAAGGUGAUCCCUUAUCUCUCUUCCUUUUCAUUAUAGCCAUGGAAGGCCUGAACAACAUGAUUAAGGCAGCUAAAGUCAAUUUAUGGGUUAAAGGUUUUGAGGUUGACAUGAAUGGACCAAACAGUCUAGAGAUCACACAUCUCCAAUAUGCUGAUGAUACUCUAGUCUUUUGUGAUGCUGAAGAGGAGCAACUGAGGUUUUUGAGGAUUAUCUUGGUUCUGUUUGAGGGAAUCUCAGGACUCCACAUCAACUGUAGAAAGAGCCAUAUUGAUCCCAUUAAUUAA